AUGGACCGUCAGGAGCUUAUUCGCAAUGCCGUCGCCUUCCUUGUCGAUCCAAAGGCACAAGCCUCCCCUUUGACCCAGAGGAUUCAAUUUCUUGAGGCAAAAGGAUUAACUCCGCCAGAAAUUGAGCUUGCAAUGAAGCAGGCAUCUGUCACUACCGCAGGCCCAUCUCAACAAGUUCCCUAUCCCUAUAGUCGUCAGCAAUUCCCUUCUCAAUCCCGUUGGGACUGGCGAGAUUAUUUUAUUACGGCGGUCGUGUCAGGCGCAAUAACUUAUAGCGCAGUUGCACUCUUUAAGAAAUAUCUCUCCCCACACUUGCAACCCCCGAACUCUUCAGCGUAUGAGGAAGAUCGAGAUGCUCUCACUGCGCAAUUUGACGCUGCGGAAGCCCUCUUGAAGGAGAUACAGAAUGAAACCGCUGCCGUUCGAGCUGCUGUGGAAGAACAAAAAGACAAGAUCGACCAGACAACGGAGGACGUAAAAGCUGUCGUGUCUGAAAUGCGUGAAGGAGAACUUAAGACUCGAGACGAAAUGCGUGAAAUACGGGAAGAAAUCACCAAUGUGCGGGAGAUGCUCCCAAAGAUGAUUGAGAAAAAUAAAGAGAGCCAGACACAGUCUUUGGCUGAGCUGCAACAAGAACUCAAGUCUCUGAAAGCGUUGCUUUUAAGCCGCGGGCCUGGUCUCUCGGGCACUCCCACAUCGCCGUUACCGACGCUGGGCCGACCAGCGAUACCAGCGUGGCAGUUGGCGAGCCCUCCCAAAGCCAGUGAUGUUGAAAGUUCUUCGACUUCACUGGGUACGAUAUCUUCAUCUGUGCCUUCCAUCAAUGGGAAGGGAAAGGAAAGCGAGGGCCCAGAAAGCUCUGUGGAAUCGUAG